AUGGAGGCUAAGGAAGAAGAUGUUCGAUUGGGAGCUAACAGGUUCACCGAGAGGCAGCCCAUUGGGACGGCGGCCCAGAGCCAAGACGAUGCCAAGGACUACAAGGAGCCACCACCGGCUCCUCUCUUCGAGCCGGAGGAGCUCACUUCAUGGUCUUUUUACAGAGCUGGAAUCGCCGAGUUUUUCGCUACUUUUCUCUUCCUUUACAUCACCGUUUUGACCGUCAUGGGUGUCACCCGGUCCAAGGAAGCGGAUGGUAAUACCUGUAACACCGUCGGGAUUCAGGGCAUUGCUUGGGCUUUCGGUGGUAUGAUUUUUGCUCUCGUUUACUGUACUGCUGGAAUCUCUGGUGGCCACAUUAACCCGGCGGUCACUUUUGGGUUGUUUCUAGCGAGGAAAUUGUCGUUGACUAGGGCGAUUUUCUACAUUGUGAUGCAAUGCCUUGGUGCCAUCUGCGGCGCGGGAGUGGUGAAGGGGUUCCAACCCAAGCCCUAUGAAAGGCUCGGGGGUGGAGCUAACGUUGUGAGCGACGGUUACACCAAAGGGGAUGGCCUUGGCGCUGAGAUCGUGGGUACUUUCAUCCUUGUUUACACCGUCUUCUCCGCCACUGAUGCUAAACGUAGCGCCAGAGACUCACAUGUUCCGAUAUUGGCGCCGCUACCAAUUGGGUUUGCAGUGUUCUUAGUCCACUUGGCAACAAUCCCGAUCACGGGCACCGGCAUCAACCCGGCUCGGAGUUUGGGAGCGGCCAUCAUCUUCAACAAGGACAAAGCGUGGGAUGAUCAUUGGAUAUUCUGGGUUGGACCGUUCAUCGGAGCAGCAUUGGCAGCUUUAUAUCAUCAAGUCGUGAUUAGAGCCAUUCCUUUCAAGUCCAAGUGAACAUUAUUCAUCAUCGUUAAUAAAAAGAUUAAAACCUAAAUUCCUAAAUUUUAAAUUAGGUCAAGGUUUUAAUUUUAGAUCUCUCUCUAUGCAAAAUGCUUAUUAUAUUAUUGCAACUCUUUUGUUUUGGCAUCUUUUGUAUCUAAUGAAGUGUUAAUUUAAUGAAUUAAGUGUUGAUAGAUUUGUGUUCGA